AUGGGCUGUUACCAGGAAUUUAAUUCACUGUCAGGAACAGAUCUGAAUAUUGCUUUUAGAACUGCCAAGUCACACAAAAGACACUUCAUUUUAUCCUUAGAUGCUGAAGGCGGCUUUCAGCUGUUUUCACAAUUAAAAAACCCCACAAAAAAAGCUCCAAAUGAACAAACCUUUCAAACUCUGGACGUAUCAUCGUCCAGUUUGGGAUACACGUUGCUCCAGAUAGGAGAAAAAAAGGCAAAACCAUCCAUUUAUUGUGAGCUGUGAAAUAGUUACGAGCACAAGACCCUGCAGCAGAGGCUCAGUCAGGUGCUGACCCUGUUACACGCUGAAUCCUUUCUUUCCUCCUGGCUCUUAGACAUUCCAUCCUCCAGGACUUUGGGAUCCUUCUCAUUUAUUUAUCCAUUUGCAGUAAAGCUUGUACGAAACCCUUUUCUGUUACGUAUAAAGCUGUUAUGGGAUACAUGACAGCGUUUCUUCCUGCUCACUGUCGAAGCCUCCCAUGCCUCAGCCAUGUCAGUGUCUUCAUUGCUCAUGGUUUGGUUUUGUAGUUGGUGACUCUGAACUGCAGAUAUUCUAAACGGGGCAAACAGCUCCAGAUCUUCAGCUCCACUUAUUAUUCAAUUUGACCUUAUUGAAGCUCAGAAAUGCCUGAUCAGCUACAGGAAUCAGUGUCAGUGUCUGGACCCCGGGAUCCCUUUCAAUCUCCAUCCCUGAGCAUAACAACACACACCCAUUUGCAGCCCUUUGGUUCUGGAUGUCCUCCGUUGUUUGAAUACAAGACUUUCCUGUUACAAAAAUGCUGCUAUUGAAUAAAGGAAUCCAUCCUACUCUACAGACUACAAGUAUUUCCCAUUCAGGUGGCGCCUUUGCGGUGUAUGGGGAUGGUAGCGGGCUCCCAUUGCUUAUGGGUGUGAGGGCGGUCAGACGUCGGGAGCUGCUGGGCUGUGGCUGCAGUCGGUGCGUUGCCCCUUUAAUUGUGUCCCCAGCCCUCGGGCGUCCGUGUCCAACGCCCACGUCAGCAAAUACCUUUUGUUUCUCUCCCGCUCGGGCUUCCAGGGCUCGGGGCUGCGGGAACGGGGCGCUGAGCGUGGCCCGAGCGGAGCCGGGGACCCCGCACCCUCCGCCCGCGCCUCCAUCGCGACCGAGCGAGCGGCAGCCGCCCGCGGAACCCGGCGGGCUCGACUCUUAGAAGAGGAUGCAGCACCAUUCGAGUCGCUUUCCAUCAUCACAGCCGUUUGUUUCUUGCUGUAGAGUCGCUCCCCGUCGUUCCCCUGUUGGGAUGGAGAUUUCGUCCCACCAGUUUCACCUCCUGGAGCAGCUGAACGAGCAGCGGAAGCAGGAGCUGUUCUGUGACUGCAGCAUCGUGGUGGAGGGGCGGCUGUUCAGGGCGCACCGCAAUGUGCUGUUUGCCAGCAGCGGGUACUUCAAGAUGCUGCUCUCGCAGAGCUCCAAGGACACGAGCCAACCCACCGUGGCCACGUUCGAGGUGUUCUCCCCAGAGACCUUCAUGGUCAUCCUGGACUUUGUGUACUCGGGAAUAUUGCCCUUAACGGGGCAGAACGUGAUCGAGGUGAUGUCUGCAGCCAGUUACCUGCAGAUGACGGACAUUCUUAACGUCUGCAAGACAUUCAUUAAGUCGUCUCUGGAUAUUAAUGAGAAGGAGAAGGAUCAUUACCUGAGCCUGUCGGCCAAAAGCACAGCCGGCGAGCCUGCUCACACAGCGCUGUAUCGCUCAAGGAGGAAAGCAAAGAGCAACCCAAGGCGCUCGUACUGCCUUUCAGAUGGAAAGGCCAAUGUGGUGAGCGAGAAUUCCUGGAGCGGUUACAGCACUUGUCUGUCCUCACAGGGGAUCCUCCAGCGGGCAGAAACACAGCUCUCAAAGCAGGGCAGAAAGCAGCAGGGCUCGGCCAGGAAGCGCCGAAAGCACUUAGGGCUGUCCCAGCCACGGGAGUUUGUGCAGUGCAAAGCAAACAAAGCUGAGCGGGAUGAGGGUUGUGAUGCAUCAGACUGCAAGCACAGCUCUCGAGAUAAGGAGGAGGCUGAAUGUGAUGCUGAGAAUGAUGUUGGUCACGGUGCUGAUGGCUGUAAUGACGAACCAGAAGGGACACCCAAGAGGUGGCCUGUUGCUCCACUGGAAGAACUGUCACAAACUUCUGAGUUCAUGGAACUAAAGGCAGAAGAACUGUACAGCUCAGUGCCCACAGUUUUAGGUGUAAUGAGUAGUUGGAACGAAGACCUACCUCGCAUGCGGUUCAAGUGCCCGUUCUGCACACACACAGUGAAGCGCCGCGCAGACCUGAAGCGCCACCUGCGGUGUCACACUGGAGAGAGGCCGUAUCCAUGUGAGGCGUGUGGGAAGAGGUUCACCCGGCUGGAGCAUCUGCGGAACCACUUCCAGACGAUACACCAAGCUGGGAAGCUGGUCUGCAGGAAGUGCAAGCGCCAGGUGAGCGAGCAGACGGGCUGCGUUGUGCAGCAGGGAACGCGGCGCUACAGGCUGUGCCACAAGUGUGUGACUGAGACCAACCUGCAGGGCAGCCCCGCGGGGAUGGAUGCUGAGCAAUGCCCUGACAGCUCCGUGGGAAGCAAACAUUCCAGGUGGGCUCUGGAGGAGGAUCAGAAGUCGGAUGACGGCACAGCAGAGGAAGAGCCGUAUAAUUUAGUUGUCCGACGUGUUGCGGACGGCACUGCAGAGGAGACAGAUGAAAAGGUGAAGCCAAACCUUAGGUAGAUGAUUUGUAUAUUUGUUACUGCUGUAUUCAAGAUUAAAUUACUCGUGUUCUACCAGCUAACACUGGUUUAUUAGCUUCAUUAAGUGCUUAUAAACAUCUAGCAGUGUAACUACUUCAAAUAUCCAGAAUUUACUCACUGUCUGGAGACUAUUUAGAAGAAUUGCUUUGCGUUUUGACCAAGUUUUACUCAGAGCUUCUGUUCAUAAUGAAUAUAUAAAUAAGCCUUUCCACAGGGAAGAUUAUAAGGCAUACAGAUUAAAAACAAACAAGAACAAA